CUCCACUCGGCAGGGAGACCGAAACGCUGCACUGAGCGCUCGCCACCGCCCAGCGUCUCCUGCGCGUCUCUGAUCUCAUCGCAGAGCAAGCCGGAGCGAAAGUGGCCCCGAGCCCCGAGCCCCGCAGUGGAAGGGGCGCUCAUUUCUGGCUUCUCUGGCGUGCUCCUCGCUCCCCUCCCUCCCCACUUGGGUGCGAGCCGGCGUGAGGGCGAUGGAGCGGAGAGCCUGGACUCUGCAGUGCACUGCUUUCACUCUUUUUUGCGCUUGGUGUGCAAUGAACAGCGUCAAAGCGAAGAGGCAGUUUGUGAAUGAAUGGGCGGCUGAGAUCCCCGGGGGACCUGAGGCAGCCUCGGCGAUAGCCCAGGAGCUAGGCUAUGACCUUUUGGGUCAGAUUGGAUCACUUGAAAAUCACUACUUAUUCAAACACAGAAACCAUCCCCGGAGGUCUCGAAGGAGUGCCUUCCACAUCACUAAGAGAUUGUCUGAUGAUGAUCGUGUGAUAUGGGCAGAACAACAGUAUGAAAAAGAGAGAAGUAAGCGUUCCAUCCUAAGAGACUCAGCUCUGGAUCUCUUCAAUGAUCCGAUGUGGAAUCAGCAGUGGUAUUUGCAAGAUACAAGGAUGACUGCAACCCUGCCCAAGCUAGAUCUCCAUGUGAUACCUGUUUGGCAAAAAGGCAUCACAGGCAAAGGUGUUGUUAUCACUGUACUGGAUGAUGGCUUGGAGUGGAAUCACACAGACAUAUAUGCCAACUAUGACCCAGAGGCCAGCUAUGAUUUUAACGAUAAUGACCAUGAUCCAUUUCCCCGAUAUGAUCCCACAAAUGAGAACAAACAUGGGACCAGAUGUGCAGGAGAAAUUGCAAUGCAAGCAAAUAAUCACAAGUGUGGGGUCGGAGUUGCAUACAAUUCCAAAGUUGGAGGUAAAGCAGAGGGUUGUUCCCAUAGAUUCGCGCUUUGAGUCUUGUGUUAACUGGUGUAAAUGGGGUGGGCUGAGGGAAACUUUUCAACAACCAGAGGAAGAAGUGAACCCCAU